AUGAAUCAAGUAAUGUUGUGGCGAACCAUUCGUAUGUAUCUUCAGAGCGCAACCUUACAACCGUAUCUCGAAGCAGUUCGACAUACUCUCCAAGCCGCACUAUGUCUUGAACAAUUUAGUUCUCAAGUUGUUGAGAGGCACAUGAAACCAGAGGUAGAAGUGCGCACUUCCAAGGAACUCCUGAUGACACCUGUUGUUGUCGCGCGAAACAAGCAGGAACGAGUCCUCAUAGAACCUUCAAUAAACUCAGUAAGGGUAUCAAUUUCGAUAAAACAAUCGGACGAAAUCGAGCGUAUUCUCUGUCAUAAAUUUACCCGAUUUAUGUGUCAGCGAGCGGAUAGUUUCUUUGUUUUGAGACGUAAACCUCUACCUGGUUAUGACAUCUCGUUUUUAAUCACUGCAUCACACACUGAAACUAUGUACAAGCAUAAGCUAGUGGAUUUCUUGCUCCAUUUCAUGCAAGAAAUUGAUAAGUUUCACAGAAUGAGGAUAUUGGUUUUAUUCGCCAUAUGUGCUGGUAAUGCUUUCGCGUCCGAGGAAUUGACGACAACCGAGCGAACCACCUUUCCUGUCGAGGGAAAUGAGGACAUCAUAAGAUUCCAGGUCAUAUUUCCUUCAUCAGCUACGAUGGGUCGUAAGUGGGCCGCUAAUUCUCGGGUGCUUCUGAACCAUGGCGAAUACAUAGGCUUCGUUCGUGAGGAUGGUUCUUUUGUAGUUGACAACGUUCCUAGCGGCAGUUACGUAGUACAAGUAGAAAAUGUAGAUUUCGUGUUUGAGCCGAUUCGUGUGGAUAUCACAGCUAAAGGCAAGAUUCGGGCGAGGAAAUUGACUUUACUGCAGCCAAAUGUGGUUAAUCAGUUGCCAUAUCCGCUAAAAUUGAGCUCUCGAGAGGCUACACGAUAUUUCCGCAAGCGAGAGGAAUGGCGAAUUACUGACAUGUUGAUGAAUCCUAUGGUGCUGAUGCUGGUGGUGCCACUCGUGAUCAUGCUCAUUAUUCCAAAAAUGACGGCAAACGAUCCUCAACUACAGAAAGAAAUGGCUGAAAUGCAACUUCCGAAGAUGGACAUGCCAGACGUGAGCGAAAUGAUGGCAAAUCUUUUCGGUGGGGGUGCUCCGAAGCCGAAGAAGAAAGCGAUUGCUGGAGGGCAGCAGAAGAAAAAGUGA